AUGCCGCUCCCCUCUUCUGCGGGCCCCGGGCCCUCAUCUCAGAUCACAGCAGACGUUGUCAAGUUUCGUUGUCUGUUCACCCACGAUCUGCGUCGCAAAUCCAAACGUUGGCAAGAUGGCUAUCUCCGCUUCCACACCUUCAACAGGAGAAUUAUGGUCUUCGACGAGCAGGGCAACUUCAUCGGCGAUCAUCACUGGCGAUCGGGCGAUCCAGUGCAGGAUGGUGAUGAAAUGGAGCUGGAUAAGGGGGCGCUGAUCCAGGUCGGCGAGUGCAUGGGCACCGCGCAGACAGACUUGUCGAGUCUGUUGGAGAAAAGGAAACCCAGCCAGGGAUCGCCGCAGUCUGAAACACAGCCUCGUCCUUCUUCCUUGUCCGCCAGGUCACAGGCCACGCAAUCACGCUCACUUAAUGAUAUGCUGGGUAUCAAGAGGACCCCGAUUGCGCAUUUGGUAUCGCCGUAUGAGGAACGGCAUCCACCCACUCCUGUUGAAAAUGUCCGUCCUACACAGCCACCGCCCAAGCGACAGAAGACAUCUGCAGUGGAUUCCAGUGCCCAACGCGCGGUGGCCGAUUUGACACAACCGAUGAAGGACUCGAAGUAUAUGAGAAACGCGCCAAGCGUCACAUCAACUCGAGAAAAGCCAAGGCCUGCCGCAGAUAGACAGAGUGCGCGUUCUAGUAUAUCCAAGGACACGUCAAAGACAAUACCGCCCACCAAGCCCAGCUCCAACGGGAACAACACUUGCCCGCCUGCGUUGACACCGGCCGCAAGGCGCCCGGCUCCAACAUUUUCCUCGCGGGAUUCAACCAAAGAUGCACCGCCAUCAUCAGCUCAACUACCUGAAAGACCCCAGUCAUCCAGAAAUGGCUUGCUGGCCAAAUCACGCUCGUUUGCAGGCACCUCUGCUUCAGGUAUCCCAAUGAACACCCUGCGCAUGGCCGUCGAGAAGCCGCGCAAGAAAUUGAUGUAUCAAGCACUUCUACCCAGCGAAAGAUCCCAAAAGUCGUCGAACGAGCCGUCCAUGCCUCCACCUAAAAAACCAAGCAGUCGGCCGACUUCGACUUCUGUAGAGACGCAGUUAGUACGUGCCCACCCGGGUCUCCAAACAUCUGUGCUAAUCUUUUUUUUUCUAGAACAGCCGUCAGUCUAG